CUGAGAUUAGUUCGUCUGCGUCGUCAUCGACUGCUUCGAAAAAGCAUUAUAUAGAUGUUAUAAAGAAUCCUAUGGAUCUUGGAACGAUCGCUAAAAAAUUAAAAAAUCGCGCUUACAACAGUAAAGAAGAAUUUGCAAACGACCUUUAUUUAAUAUAUACGAAUUGUAUCACCUAUAAUACACAUCCAGAAAAUAUUUUUCGAAAGUACGCCAUAGCCAUGAAAGAAAAGAUGGAUGAGCUUCUUGAAGCUGUUCCGGAUGUUAAAAUUCAGACUCUUGCAGAAUAUAAAGCAAGUUUGAAACAAGAUUGUGGAGAAUUAUUUAAGGUGGAAAAAAAAUCUCCAUCAUUAGAUCAACAUACUGAAAGUGUCUCGAGCGCUUCUUUGCAAGUAGAAGAUGAACCGCCGGGUACUGAUGUUGUAGCAGAAGAUGCUCAAAUUGCAGACACAACUGGGCACUCUCAAGCGUCCCAAGAGAAUUCAUCAGAUGAUGAAGAAGAAAAAGAAGCUGACCGUGAGGUUCAAGAAAUGCUAAAAAACAUAAGAUUGAUUCCUACGUUGCCAUUAUGGGAUUUAUGGGAUCCUGAACUAGAUAACCCAAAUCGGGAUAAAUUUUUUGAUCCAGACUAUGAUCCAAGUGCCAAUCUACCAACUCUUGAUCAAUAUCCCCAACUUCAAUUCCCGAAACAGGGUACUAGUGCAAUGAUCGAGAAAAACAUCGAGACUCUUAAACAAUCUCGUAUUCUUCAUGCCAAACUUGUGUCUGCGACGCAUAAUAUUCCGUUGAGUCAUCUUGGUAUUUCAGAAAAGUCUCUAGAAGAUACGCCAAUAAUUAAUUCUACAAUUGACCAAAAGGAUCUACCGCCCCUUAUCUUGAAUAAAGAUACCGGUUUUGCCUGUAUGCAACGCGUUGUUUCUAGGUUGUGUCAACACGCAGGAUUUGAAGCAACUUCUAGUAGGGCUUUGACCAUUUUAACUGAAGUCGCUCAAGAUUACUUCUUGAACUUGAGUAAAACUUUACGCGCAUAUAUGGAUGAUUAUAGUAAGAAGAUGACUCCCGAGAAUGGUGUUUCAUCCGUAAAGAAUCUUGAGUCAUAUAUCCAUGAUGAUAUUCAGCGUUAUGGCACGAAACUACAAGAUAUUAAGCGCCGAUUGGAGGCUGCAUUAUUGGAACUAGGUUUAGGUUCUUUACAGGUUCCUCCACAGUUAAUUCUUGGAUCGAAAAGAAUAAAACCUUUACCUAAAAAAGCUUCAGAACAAAAUGAACGAAAAUUACCUCGUCAUGUUCCUCCACCACCAUGGGCACCGAUAACAGAUCCGGAGAGUCAAAUUGGUUUAUUACGAGACUUUUUCCGUAACAAAAAAAAUGACUCUAUGAACGACCAAAUAAUUGAGGAUGAAAAUCUUCCCGCUAAACACCGAAAUCAAAGGCCUCGUGUACCUCCUACGGGCAAAAUCCCUCCACAACCUAGAAGGCAGCUGCAAAAAUCCAGCGCCCAAUCCGCUGCUGCUCUUGCAGAAAAAAAGAAGAAGAAAGAACGAGAUGCGGCGAUUGCAAAAGAGAAGGAAAGAAAUAGACUUCUUAAAUUGGAAGAACGUGAAAGAAAAAAAGCUGAAAAAAAUGAACAAAAGCGGCAGAAACAAUUAGAAAAAGAAGCUGCAAAAAAGGCAGAGGCGGAAGCUAAAGAGGCUCGAAAAGCAGAAAUUGAGCAUCAGAAACGACGUGCUCAAGAGGCCAAGGAAGCAAAGAAAUUAGAGCAAGAGGCCCACAAGAAAGCGGAAGCUGAAGCAAAGAAAGCAGAACCUAAAAAGAAAAAGUCAACCAACUCUAAGACUGGAAAGUUGGCAUCGCCACAAGCUGAGAUUAGUUCGUCUGCGUCGUCAUCGACUGCUUCGAAAAAGCAUUAUAUAGAUAGUAUUGACUCAGAGACGGUGCCACUUGGACAACUCAAAAAACAGCGUAGAACAGAAGUCACAGGCUCCAAACCAACUAACCGUCCCUCUCCAACGGCGAAAAAAAGAAUUCCACACAGUCAAAUAUGA